GGAUGUGUGGGCGGGCGUAUGGAGGACAUCCCGUGCUCCAGGGUGGGUCACAUCUACAGGAAGUACGUCCCCUACAAGGUCCCUGGCGGGGUCAGCCUGGCUAGGAACCUGAAGCGAGUGGCCGAGGUAUGGAUGGAUGAAUAUGCAGAGUACAUCUACCAGCGGCGGCCAGAGUACAGGCACCUGUCAGCAGGAGACAUGACAGUGCAGAAGGACCUGAGGAACAGCCUCAACUGUAAGAGCUUCAAAUGGUUCAUGACAGAGGUGGCCUGGGACCUACCCAAGCACUACCCACCUGUGGAGCCCCCUGCUGCCGCCUGGGGCGAGCUGCGCAACACAGGCUGUGGCAUGUGCAUGGAGAGCAAACACUUUUCGUCUGGGUCGCCCGUCCGCCUGGAGACAUGUCUGAAGGGGCGGGGUGAGGCCGGGUGGAGCCAUGGACAGGUGUUCACGUUUGGCUGGCGGGAGGACAUCCGUGUGGGGGGCCCCAUGCACACAAAGGUCUGCUUCGAUGCCAUCUCUCACAACAGCCCUGUCACCCUGUAUGACUGCCACGGCUUGAAGGGUAACCAGCUGUGGCGCUACAGGAAGGAUAAAAGUUUAUACCACCCCAUCAGUAACAGCUGUAUCGACAGCAACCCCACAGAGAGGAAGGUGUUCAUGAACACGUGUGACCCCAGCGUCCCCAGCCAGCAGUGGGUGUUUGAGAAGACCAACACCACCGUCCUGGAGACGUUCAACCGCAAUAGCAACUGACACCUGUAGGGGUCAGCACUAAACCUGAACACUGAACCUGAACUCACUCUGGAACUGUGUUCUUUCACUAAGACAGAAGUGGGAUGUUGUUACUCUAAAGGGAUCAAGGGUGGAAGGAAGUGAAGGGGGGUCAGGGGGUAGCAUUAGCAUGUGCAAGCCAGUCUAGAUACAUCAGUUAUUGGGCGAUGGAGAAGAGUUGGCGCCUGAGAGGUUCUCUCUGUGGUUGAAAGACUAGUCUCUCGAUGCGGUGAUGGUGUCUUCCUGCGUUAGGGGGAUUAGGUCUGUCACAGCACGGUCAUUCUGGCGGUGGUCCAUCUCAUUUCUGCUUCUCUGUGCCUCUCCCAGAUGACUGCCCAUACGUCCAUCUACAUCACCCUGUGUGAGUGUGUCUCUUGCUCAGUCACUUUCCCUCCAUUCCCCUCAUGUGCCGCCCCUGCUCUGACAGCCCCCCCUGAGACACCCGCUGAGCCAAGCCCUAACUGACACACUGUGAAGCCGGCCAGACCCAACCACUCUGAAAAGCACCUUGUGUUGAUUCGUGUUUUUGUUUUCUUGUUAUGCUCACUUGGCUAGCUUUUUCUCUUUCUUGGUUUCCCCUCUAUAGCAUUGAUCGAAAGUGGAGUUGCGCAACAUCUGUCCAAAUGAAGAGGGGUAAGAAAAACCUCAUCUUUUAGGACAUGUAUUUUGUUUUAGCUCUGAAUGAAUAAUACUUUAGUAGCAGCACUUUGUCUCAGCACUCUUAUCUAUUCGAAGGACUGUGAUUUGAUGCCAAUGAUUUGUCCAUAGAGGGAACUGUAAGGACUACUAUCAUCAGUUUAUUUUUGUCCCAUCACCUGAACAGAGGCUCCCGCUGCCUUCUGGGAUGAACCCCAGCACUCUCUGGAAUGACUUCAUCAUGAAACACAUGGAGGUCAGCAGCACUGAGACAGUAGUCAGACCAUGCUGGUUUCUCAAACGCAUCAGGAGUGACUCUAGACUGGUUUGCCCGGGGGGGGGGGGGGGUUAUUAUAGGUGGUUUAGAUGCAUUAAGCACUUGCAAUGAUAAACUUGAAUAAAAAUCGUAGUGCCUUGCUGGAUGAGAGCAGAAGUAAAUACGGCCUGGUCUGACUCGGCCUGGCCUGGUGCCCUAUUCCAGUCGUCCUCCUCCUACACUGUCUCAGACUGCCUGACAGAUGUUGGAGAGAGAGGCAAUCUGAGGUGACACCGGCUCUUAAUGGAUGGGGUUCUACAACAGUAAUGUAUUUGUAAUGUUAGUUUUUUGCUAGUAUCUUCAGCUAUUCACUAUGUGUUCUCCUGCCUUUCAAAGUUAACCGUUUUCUGAAAAGACCCUCUUAUGUUCAUGGCAUGUCACCAACAUGCCAAUUUGUUGUUUUAAGAUCUACAAUGGACAUUCAAGCAUUGAUUAGUAUUGAAUUCCUGUUCUUGUUGUGCGUUUAGAUUUUGUAGCGUUAUGACCUCUUACUCAGCAUUUGUUUUCUUUCAGUUUUUUGUCUUGGCUUAGCCAAUGAGUUGUUUGUAUAUCAAAUGCAAUUCAGUUUUGACCUGGGCGUUGUUCAGAAAGACUGCGAACAUUGCCUGCUGUGUAGUUAUGUUCCAUUCUUUGUGUGUGUGUUUUUUGUUCCCCUCUUUUCCUCUGAAAUAAUUCCAAGGUAGAGCCCUUGUUUAGCCUUAGGUGUUUGUCUGCUGCAAAAAAAGUUAUUAGGGCAAAACAUUGUCACCUUAAGGCAAAGCGGGAUGUGAUAUGCAUGAUGCAACGAUCACACCCUUCAUCAGUCAAACUCUCAUCCUACCCCUUUCAGAAAUUGAUAAGUCUAAUUAGCAUUUUAAAAAACAAUGUAGCUUUUUGUUGAUGUUUGAUGGAACUAAUUUGAGUACACUACUAGCCUGUAGCGUAUGUGUUGUAGAUUUUGACUGGCCAAGUGAAUCAUCAAAUAGUUUAGACUCAAACAAUGGCAUUCUUCCAUGCAUUGUGGAGAAAAUGUAUGGAAAUUCAACAAGACAUCCAUGUGGCACAUUAGUAUGAGAUGCUGCACAAUGAGGCUUUAGUUGUGAAGCAUCUUUGUUGCCCAGUCAUGUAACACUGUAUGUUUUUUCUCCUUAUCAAACUGAAAUGUAGCUAGGACUGGAAGGGGACUCCAAAGUUGGUUACUUCCAUUGGUUUCCCUUUCCAAAAAUGUUUAGUUUUGUCCCGGCAAGUAAGUGGCAUGUAUGGAAGACCAAAGCUUUUAAAUAUUAUGAUAAAAAUGGCCGAAUCUAAGUUGUGUAACUUUUUCCAAGACAAAAUAUUCAUUUUCUAAUUAUUCCAGCUAAAUACAUUUCACAAUUAUACUUACAGAAUUAUUACGUCUGUACCAGAGUUGUAAUUUAAGCUGAUUAAUU